GAGCGGAAGAAGGGGCCGGCGGGCGGACCCCGCCGCCUCAGCUCUCUACGGCCGGCGAGGACGGCCAGGCCGAUGCGGGCUGUUUGUCUCCUUCCCCCCCCUUCCCCGCCCGCCGAACGCCGUCACCGGCACCGUGACGUCCGCGCGGAAGUGGCGUCGCCGGGCGGAGGAGGCGGGGGCGGAAGCGGCGGCAGGAGAAUGGAGACUGAUUGCAAUCCUAUGGAGUUGCCCAAUAACACGGGGUUUGAAGAGGAUUCUGAUUAUGGAGACUUUGAAGGAACAGAUGUGAAAGAUAUGAGACUAGAAGCUGAAGCUGUUGUGAAUGAUGUUCUGUUUGCUGUCAGCAACAUGUUUGUCUCAAAAACCCUUCCCUGUGCAGAGGAUGUGGCAUAUAUCAAUGUGGAAACCAGGGAAAGGAACAGAUACUGCUUGGAGCUCACCGAAGCAGGACUCAGGGUAGUAGCUUAUGAUUUUGAUCAGACUGAUGACAGAUUGCAAACGCCAUACCAUGAAACCGUCUACUCCUUAUUGGACUCUCUCAGCCCUGCAUACCGAGAGGUGUUUGGAAACGCACUACUACAAAGGCUAGAAGCUUUGAAGAAAGAAAGUCAGUCAUGAUUUGCCCAGAAGUGAGGAAGGUUUAAUGCUAGAAGGGAUUCUCAGUAUGAGGCACUGAGAUCUUUCUUACAAACAUCUUUAAGCUUCGUUUCUUGCAUUAAUAUCUAAUUCAUGCUAGUACUACUCUAUAACAUUUUGCUACAGUGGAUUUGAGUAUAUCACAAUGCUAUUAAAAGCCCCUUUGAUAAAUUGUGAAGUUAAACUUUUUUGUUUUCUUUUUUUGUUGUAGGUGAGCAAGUAAGUGUUGCUUGUUACAACAUUCAAAAAAUUUUGUCUCUUUUCAAAGUGUUAUUAUCCAAAACUCUAAAACAAUAUAUAGAGACUGAAUGUUUUAUAUACAAGUAGUAAUUCUUUUUGUAUGUGCUUACUGAUAACUCUCAUGUCUGCUUUUUAAAAUAGAAGCUAUCUGCUCUACCCAAUUAAUGAAGAAUAAUUGCGAAAGCUACUGUUCUGCAAAGAACAGAAUUUCAUCUUGAUUUGCUAUACAUAAAUCUGAAAAUUCUCAGCUUUGAUAACAAGAAAGAUGGUUCUUGAACAGUUGAGUAUUGUUUAUAUAGUGACAGUAUCUGAGUUAAAAGCACGGCUCAGUAUUAUUUGAUCUGUCCUUGUCUAUGGCAAGCAGCAAACUCCAAAUAAUAAAUGCGAUGUACUGCUAAUAUAUGAAUGUAUUGUCUGAAUCACAAAUGAGUUAAGCACAGAAUUAGGAUGUAAUGGGCUACAUUUCCUAAAGAUGAUGUUAAAUAUGUUAUAUUUAUGUAUAUGUAUGCUAUAUUGUAACUAUUUGGGAGGCUUGGAAGACAUUUUAGCCUGUUUCCUAUUCUGAAUGUGUGUUUACAUGAUGUACAGGAUAUACCCAAGAGUAUUUUUGCUUCAGCCUUUACUUUCUAUAAUACAGUACUUUGGUACUCCUAUUUUUCACAUUUUCUCCCUCAAUUGUACAGCGUCCUCUCCUAAUGAAUACUAAAUAAGCACUAUGCCGUUAAUUGCAUUGUAUUGGUUUGAAACCAAAGGCUGUGUGAAAUUUGCUAAGACUAAUACAAACUCGAAUAUAUAACUUGUAUUUUCUACUUAAAAACUGGUACAAAUCUCUUUAUAAAUCUAUUGUUCUGCUGUAGCUUUUCAAGUAUGUACCGAAUGGUAGACUUUUUAAAAAUGACAGUUGGUUAGAAAUACCAGUACUGUUGAACUAACAUUCUGUGACAUUCAUACUUUUUGUAUUCUUGUAUUAUGCAGUAUUUGUGCAGCUUUAUUUAAACAAUCCUGCCAUUAUUCUACCAUGCUAUUGUGACAAGUACAUGCAGUAGCUUUUUUUGGAGCCACACUUAGGGAUACAUCAGUUCUCAUGAAGUCACAGAUUCCAGUGACUUCAGUAGAGCUAUAUUGACUUCUGCCUGCUAAGGAUUAGUCAUUUUAAUUGGAGAAGCCUACUAGAGCUUUUGUAAUAGCUUUGGGGUAGUGAUGUACAACUAUGACUGACAAGACAACUGUAGUUCGCACUUCUGUCUUCCAGAGCUUGAUUUUGUGAUUAUCUUAUUCUCUUUUUAGGUUGAAACUUCUGAUAUUAAUCCUCUGCCCUAGGGUAUGCUUACGUGCUCUAAGAUUUGUUCCUAGGCUCUCUAUUGCACACAGGUCUGUGGCACAUGGUUAGUCCUCUGUGAGGAGAAUGUACUUUACCAAAUUUAUAUUUGAAUAUUUUCCCUUGCAACUAAUUUACUUGUUCAAUUUCAAUGACUAAAGCAUUAAAUAAAACAUGCCCGUGUGUUGUAGGGUAUUUUUUUUGGCGGGGGGGAGCUACUGGAAAGAGGGGAGUGAACAAUAAAAGAAUGCCCACAAAAAAUCUGAAAUAUCAAAUAGUUAAGUAUUUGAAAACCUUUGGCUGCAAACUUGUAUCUGAUGAAACUUUGUUGUGAUAAAACAAAGCGGGUGCUUGCAAAGAGGGACUAGGAAAGGAAGUUAUUAGAAAUACAAGUGAAAAAAAAUGCCAAAGCAAAUGUUAUAUUGCUAAGAUUAUUUUUUCAUAGACAUCUUUAAAAUGCUUUGUCAUUUUGCGUGCUUAUUAUAAACCUAAGCUGACACAUACUUUCAAAACAGGUGUUUUGUAGGUGUUACCAGAAGAAACUUCUGUUGUUUCUUGUAACGUACAGCAGCAUUAACUCAAAAAUGUUAUCUCGUUCCACUAUGUCUGGGUUUAUGAGUAUGAAGAAAAUGCUCUCUAGUCCCUAUAUUUGGGCGUUGCUGCCUAUAGCGAGGGAGCUUCACAUUCAUAGAAUGGUUUGCGUUGGAAGGGACCUUAAAGAUCACCUAGAAAUGCCUCCUACCAGACCAGGUUGCUCAAAGCCCCGUCCAGCCUGGUCUCGAAGCACUGACAAGGGACAAUUUCAGUGGGUCUCCUUCGGCUGUCAUUUGUUCUCAUUAGCCAGACGCCUGAACAAGCGCUGCUCAGCCU